AUGAGAUAAAUAUAUGAAUUUAUAGUGAUUCAUAUUGUUUUCUAUGUUGUCUCCGUGCAUAUUGACUUAAAAUAAUAAGAAUUCGUAAAUGAAAAUCUAUAUUUUAGAAUCCCAAAGACAUUUAUUAGAUGUGGAUGCUAUUUAACAUAUUCUUUGCUUCCAUCUAUAUUAUAACUAAAAAACUUACUUUGAUUCUAGUCUUUUUACUUCAAAGUUACAUGUACUUUUACUUAAGCAAAUACAAUCCUUAUUAUGUAUAAGUAGCAACUGUCUUGAUUCCCAUAGCCUUAAUUGAGAAAUCUAACCUUUUUAUAAUAUUGAAUUAAAUCGGAGCCUUCCUGAUAUCUGGGCCUUACAAUCACAAUUAACAAAUACUAUUCGUUGUUUUAAUAAUUGCUUUGGCAAUAUACAUUUAUGCCAAAUAACAUGUUGAAGAAAUAUUAACAAAAGUAAUUAUUUUAAAGAUAAGUAGAAAAAACAAAAAGUUGAUUAGGAUGAGAAAUUCUUAUAGGAAUUACCAUUUCCAUUGUUUAUAGUAAACAUCAAAUCUCAAAUACACUGGUCAAAUAAAAUGGCUCGAGAACUGACUGCAAAUUGCGGAGUUAAAUUGGGAGGAUCAUUGAAAGAGAUAUUUUAGGAUUAAGACCUAUUUUUGCAAUACCUAAAUUAGGAUUCCAAAUAAUUGAUUGUUCAAAUGAAUACUGUGUUAAUAUAGUAAUCUCUUGAAUAGAGCUUAAUCAUGCAAUAAAACAAAAAUUAACCGUAAUAAUAAUAGCAAUAACAAACGGCUCAAAUUAUCACUGAAAAUAAAUUGGCUAAGUUCCAGAGCCAGAAAGAAGACAAUCUAUAAAAGUCAAUUCAUAAAUAUCUAAAUGUAGCAUGUUUAACAUUGAAUUCUCUCAAAAUAACUGAAUAAAUUUAAAAAGAAGUAAUAAUACUUUAAUUUACUCUUAGAUUUUGACAGUCUUAAUUAAACCAUUUAAAAUCAAUUAAAUGAGGUUGUUUAUGAUAUGUAUAAAUGCAAACAAAACAUUCUAAUAAAAUAAAGUCCUUUAAAAUCACUUAAUCCAACAAAUAAAAUAGAAGUAAAUCAUUUUAAUUUAACAUUUUAGCGGUCAAUAGAUGCUCGUAAGUUUAUAGCAAGACUUUUAGAAAUGGGAUAACAUGAGAAGUUUAGAAAUCAUAAGAGAAUCAGAUUUGAAAGUGAUUUCCUAGUCAAUAGUAGACUUAUAUAAGAUAAUUUUUGAAUUUGAAACUUACGAGGUAUCAACAAGCUUCUUUCCUUAAUCAAAUCUAAUAAAUUUUUAAUGUAGACUUCAUUAUUUAUUGUAGUUAAAGGAUUGGUAACUUAUUUAAUUGAAGUAUUUGCUGGCAGAUACCUAUAAAAAUUUACUAGCAUUAAUCUAUACUUUGACAAUAGUAUUUAAGAUAAAAUGAAGGGGAAUUCUACUAAUUUCUCUUUGAUAUUUAUGAGCAUUUUGGAAUUAAUAGCAAAGUAUUCAGGAGAUAAAAAACCGUCCUUGAAAAUUAAUUGUAACUUAGAUUAAGUAACUGAUUAAAAUAAAGCAUAUCAAAUUUAACUGCAAUUUUUGUGGAGAUAAGAUGAUGAAUUAGACCAAAUCUUUAAGGAAUUCUUCCAUCAGCAAGUCAUGCCUAUGAAUGUCGAUCCAUAGGUUCAACGUUACUUGAUGACAAUUAAAAAAUUAUAGAGUUAUUCUGCUAUGAAAAUAUUUUACAUAGAAUAGUCUGUUGAAUCUAUUGAGUUAUUGAGUGAACUACACAUUUUUGUAGAUUUUUAUAUUAGUGAUUCUGAAGAAUCAAAUUAACAAGUAUACUAGCCACCUCAAUUACAAAUUACUUUUAGUAGGGAAUUUGUUGGGUAGAACCCAAAUGAAAUAAUGUGGCAGCCUAAGAAAUAACCUUAAGUGAUUGUCGAUAAGAACCAUUAAGCCAUAAUAAGGCCUAUUAAACCUAUGCCUCCAACUUUCUUUAAUAAAUAAAAUUUACCCAUCAAUGUUGAUGCAAAAUAACCUAAAAAACAAGAUGAAACUGUCGAAGAUGAGGUAGCCAUUCAAAAGAAAUAAAAAGUUAUAAGAGAAUUGAUUUAAGCCUAAUUCACUAAAGUUGCACCACGUCUAUCUGAAAAAAUUGCUUAUUUGAUCAAAAAGAAAUUAGAAAGCCAAGCAAACAAAUUCCAAGAUAUUCAAUUCGUUGGAGAUCAUGAGGAUAAACUUGAUAGAGAAGACUAUUAUUAAGGAAAUGAAGAGUAGUCUGAUUGUGGAACUAGUGAAGGAAAGGGAAAUAGCUAUGAUGAUGAAGGGUAAUCACAAACUACUCCUAAUCUUGAUUCUGUUCCUACAAACAGAAGAUUUAUGAAUGUUCCCUUUUAAAAUGAAUUUUCUAAUAUUGAUUCUCGAGCUACAAAUUAAAUGCUUCAAGGUUCUGAUUUAUCAAUAAUUACAUACAAAAGACUUAAGAUUGAUUAAAUUAUUGAAGAAAUUAAGUCUAAUCAAAUUGACACUGCCGAUUUCAGUUAAAUUACAAUGAAUGAACACUUUAUUCAAAAAAUUGCAGAUGCCUUAGAAAAGAACAAUUCGCUCAAGACUUUGAAAUUUGUUAAAUGUGAUCUUAGUGAUUAAAUACUCAUUAAAAUCUUAGAUUCCAUUACAAAAACUUAGUAAAUAUUUGUUCUAAAUUAGAAUCGAAAGCUUGCAUUUAUAAUACAAUUUAUUAUAAGAAAAGGGCUUGAAUCAUCUAAUUAGUUUGAAGUAGAGUUUAAAAGAAUAUCCUGUGAAAGAAUUGCAUUUUCACAGUAAUCUAGUCAAAGAAAUAUAAAUAAGCAAGGAGAAAGCACAAUUAUCAAAUCUAGGAAUAAAAGUAUUAAUUGGUUGA